UGUGUUGACCAUGUAGGGAAAUAUAAUUUAAAAAAAUAUAGUCAUGUCAUCUCCUAAAGAUAGACUUUUACUUUUAUCAAGUCAUAUAAGUAGUGAAGGAAAAGUAGAAAAGAAUAAUAAUACUAAAAUUGAAGAAAAUAAACCUAGGUUAUGUUGUAAGGUUUGCAUUAUUACUGGAGCCGGUUCAGAAAAAGGAAUUGGACGUGCGUCUGCAUGGAUAUUUGCUAAGAAUGGAGCUAAAGCUAUAUAUGUAACAGAUUACCGUGAAGAUUUACUUCCGCAACUUGCUAAAGAAAUACAAAAUAAAUAUCCAAAUGUUGCAGUAAUUCCACGUAAAGUUGAUGCUGCAUCCGAAGAUGAUGUUAAAUCUGUUAUUGAUGAUGCCAUAAAAAAAUUUGGUAGACUAGAUGUAUUUUUUGCUAACGCAGGGAUCGUUUACCCAGUUGACAGUUUGAAUUUAGAAACUUCCAAAUUUAUGGAAGUUAUGAGAAUAAACGUACUUAGUGUAUUUCUAGCUAUAAAACAUGCAUCAACAGCAAUGAAAAUUACUGGAAACGAUAAAAAGGAAUCUGGUGGAUCAAUUGUCGCGACAGCUUCAGUUGCUGGAUUAAGAUCAGGUGCCGGACCUCUAGAUUAUUCCGCUUCAAAAGCCGCCAUUAUAAACAUGGUUCAAGCGGGUGCUUGGCGACUAGCCAACACAAAUAUUCGUGUAAAUUGUAUUAACCCCGGAAUAAUUGAAACUAAUAUGACACAACCUACUUUUGAAUAUGCUCGCUCGCGAGGUACUAUCAAUAAAGUUGGACAAUUAAAUCCUUUACAAAGAUAUGCCGUCCCUGAAGAGGUUGCAAAUGUUGCAUUGUUUUUAGCGAGUGAUGAAAGUUCAUAUAUAAAUGGUCAUGCAUUAACAGUAGAUGGUGGUUUAUCUUCUAGUAUUCCUAUUGUUAUUAGAAGGUAGAAUUUAUUCGGAGAAAUCUUUUUUAUUCAUUAAAUUAUUUAAUACGCAAAUAAAACAAAAGAACUUUCUAUCUUUGUACAAUAAAACUUGAUAAAAAAUAUAUAUAUAUUAAUU